CACCCUGGAUAGAGUUCACCUCUGCCUUCAAAUUCCCCAACUAGUCUCUCCCUCGCUAAUUCGAUGCAAGCGCAUACUGCCCCCGAAGCCCGGGCGCUAGGCACCAGAUCCCGUCUCCCCACCUGCCUUAUCCGCAUUGUUGAACUUUCGAGGGUGGCCAAGGGUGGAAAUCAAUUCGCUGCUGCGUCGAGGCGCACUGGUUGCACUGCAUUUUGCGUCCGUUCAUAUGCGUAUCCAAUGCCUAUCCGUCCGUCCGCCAGCAGGCUUCAUUAUGCGCAAUUAUAUCGCCUUGACGACAAAAUGGAACUUCGGGGCACGGGUCAGCUGCACGCACAGCCAGUCUACCACCCAUAGCGACGCUAAGCGACAUCGUCAGCGACUGCAACGACUCCUCUCUAAUCUCGAGCUCUCCCAACCGUUGCCUCGACGCGGCUUUUCUUCUGCAUUCCACUACUCGUGCUGCAUCCCUUUGAUUAUACCUGGACGACGGCCCCGCCAACUGACGAUGACGAACUCUGCUCUGCUGAUUCAGACGGCCCGCGGCGGGUCCCUCGGCCUUAUCCCGCCUUUCCGCUCCCUCUUCCACUCCCUGCACUCCCAAGUUCACCCUCCAACUCCGAAAAGUACACCCUCAGGGUCCUACUGUGCAGUGUGGACUCCUAUAGGGGUCCUCACCUGCGGGCGUGUUUGAGCGCCACACCCAGUCCACACCGGCUUGUGCGCACGCGAAGGGCCGCGACUUUGCGUCUUUCUCGCGGUGACUUUGCGUCUCUCCUGCCGCGACUAGGCCUGCUCUUGCUGCGACUUCGCAUCCUUCGGCUUCUCCAUGUGGCUCUAGCGUCUUCGUUGAUAUUGCACAGGCCUGAGAGUAGGCUUUCGUUC